AUGCUAACCCAGCCUGGGUUCUGGAGGAUUCUUCUGCUGCUCCACACAGCAAACUGCGUUACUCGUACAGUCAUUACUCCAGUUCAGCAAAUCACUGUUGUGGUGGGUGAAAGUGUAGUUCUGCCGUGCUACGUCGACCCCAGCCUCAGUGCUGAGGGCUGGACGGUGGAGUGGUUGAAACUCUCAGUAGACAGAGACCAACGCAACAUCCAUCUUUACAAAGACGGCAGAGAUGACAAUGAAAAUCAGAAUCCCUCCUUCAAGGCAAGAACAACUCUGUUUAAAGAGGAACUGAAGACAGCUGAAGGAUCCCAGCCAGUGGUCUCCAUUGAGGGACACAGAGGGGCCGGGAUAGGUCUGGUGUGUGAGACACAAGGCUGGUACCCUGAACCAGAGGUGGAGUGGCAGGACAAGAAGAGUUUUAAGGCCCAGAAAACUGCUCACUAUAGAUCCAAGUUCUUAUUCAGAUUCUGGUGUUCUGCUCUCACUGUGGCUCAUCUCACUUCAUUUACAGAUCGUCUUAAGCUAAAGAAGGAUGCCUGUGAGCUCACACUGGACCCAAAAACAGCACACAGAUAUCUCUCUCUGUCUGAGGAGAACAGAAAGGUGAUAAGGAAAGAGGAGCAGCCGUAUCCUGAUCACCCAGAGAGAUUUGAGGAGUGUCCACAGGUGCUGUGUAGAGAGGGUCUGUCCGGGUGCUGUUACUGGGAGGCAGAGAGGCGUGAAGGAUGUGUUGAUAUAGCAGUGACAUAUAAAGGAAUCAGCAGGAGAGGAAAGAGUGAAGACUGUUGGCUAGGAUACAAUAACAAGUCCUGGAGUCUGUACUGUGGUAGUAACAGUUACGCUGCCUGGCACAAUAAUAAGAAAACUGACAUACCUGUCCCCCCCUCCAGCUCCCACAGAGUAGGAGUGUAUCUGAACUGUCCGGCUGGCACUCUGUCCUUCUACACAGUCUCCUCUGACACACUGACCCACCUGCACACAUUCCACAGCACAUUCACUGAGCUCCUCUAUCCUGGGUUUGGGGUUUAUACUGACUCCUCAGUGUCCCUGUGUCAGGUAGAAUAGCCCACACACACUCUCACACUGUGCUCACAUAGAUGUUAUUGAAGAUUGAACUGUAUACAGUUGGAAUUGAUAUCUCAGGAGGUUGGAAAUAUUGAUGUGUAGAAUGUUUGUUUUGUGUCAGUUCCACUUAAUGUGAUGAAUAUAGACUGCCUGUGUGUCUAGUGUGAUCCCUUAUCUCCUUGACCUGCCCCCCCCCCACCCUCCCUACCUAGUGCCUACUCUCUCCCCCAUCUCCUCUCCCACACACCUCUUACCUAGAGAGAGAGGAAGUGAAAGAUCAUAUUCUGCUCCCGUCCUUCUCACAUGCAAUCUACAACCUUUCUCUCUCGCCAUCUCUCUCCCCUCUGACAGAGGCACAAACACAUCCCUUUUCCCUUAAAUCUGUAUCAAAAGCAGUGCCGGUCCUAGCACAUUCGGCGCCCCAGGCAAGUUUCUCUGGUGUUUAGAGAGGAGCUGGUGUUUAGGAGUUUCUCUGGUGUUAACCCUCCCGCUGUCCUCAUUGUCUGUAUAGGCAGCACAUGUCAGGUGGCGCUGUCUGACUUCAGCAAACCCCUCUCCCAUUUACUCACUGUCUGUAUAGGCAGCACAUGAAAAUGCCCAUACAAAAUGUGAAACCAUUCCUUUUUGUAGGUUGAGAAUGCAGUCAGGCAAGGUGAGACAGGGACAGCAUGUACUGAUGUGCAAAGGGAAUGGAAUAGUGGUGCAAAAAAGAAUGUAGGUCUGGUAAAGGCAAAGCAUAUUAAGUUUAGGCGCCACAGACCCCAGGACACAUAUCCCCACCCAUCAAGGCGAGAACAAAUCAAUUCCACACCAUCUCCCCGACUCUUCAGAAACCAUGAGGAUUUCAAAACACAACUCCUCAGUAAUGGCCCCACUCUAUCAGCUCCAAACUAAUGGUCGUAUCCAGCUUCCUUACAGAGCAGAUGUAGAGAACAACACUGAGCCAAGCCUAAAUUCAGAAUUGAGAAUCACACUGAUCAUAGUACACGUCUGACAUGUAGGAAGUGUUCAGGGUUUUACCAAUCCUACAUUGCUUUAUCCCCCGAUCAAAUAUCUACAUUGGAAAUAGAAACAAAGACCCAGAGUAGGUCAAAGGUGUGGCAUGAUGCUAGGAGACUGCGUCUAACUGCAAGCACAGUGAAACAAGUCCCCAAACGACACACCACAGACCCCCAAAGAUUCCUCCAUGAGCACGUGUACCCCACCUUCACUGGGAACGCAGCCACAAAAUAUGGCUCUGAAAAUGAAGUGAGGGUCAUCACACUCCUUGAGAGCAGAGGGCAUGCUGUGCACAACAGAGGCCUUGUGGUUUAUCCUGACCACCCCUGGUUGGCAGCCAGUCCAGAUGGGAUCCUUGAUGGGACAAAACUUCUCGAGAUCAAGUGCCCCUUCAAGAGUCAGAUUGUCUCUUGAAGAACUUCUCACCCGGCCAAACGGUGACAUCAAAAUCUUGGAGGAUGGAAAGUACCUCAUUUGUCCAAAUGGAAGAGCUGGAUACUACCUUCAGACACAAGUGGCUAUGAUGUGCCUAGGUCUACAGAGCUGCAAACUGGUUUUCUGGACACCAAAGGAACAUUUAGAAUUGGACAUUCCAUUCGACAAAGAUUACACUGACAAACAAGUAGAGCAACUGGAACAUUUUAUUUUCAACAUAUGAUUCCCAGGUUGGCUGAUGAUUUUGGAGGAAAGAAACUACAUCUCUGCCCCAAGUUCCUCUUACUGUUUUGUAAUGAACCCACAUAUCAGUUGGCAAUGUAAGUCUCACUCUGUGAGAUGCAAACAAUGGUUCAAAUACAUUUGUAGUAUAUUUUACAAUUUGAAAACAGGAAUAAAUAAAUAUAUUCAGAAAUAUACAAGAUGUUGUGUAAGAUUAUCUAAAACAUUACAGAUUAGAUUGUGUAAGAUCAGUGGUGUAUAAAGUACCCAAAAUCCAUACUUGAAUAAAAGUAAAGAUACCUUAAUGGAAAAUGACUCAAGUAAAAGUAACCUUUUAGAAUACUACUUGAGUAAAAGUCUUAAAGUAUCUGAUCUUUACUGUACUUAAGUAUCAAAAGUAAUUUUCUGAUAAAAAAUGUACUGAAGUAUUGAAAGUAGAAGUACAAGUAAAGGCUGUUAAUAAAAAAGCAAAGGGUCAGAAUUCUUUGAAU